GGCACUUGGCCUCCAGAGCACCGGCACCAGCACUGGCAGUGGCACGCGCUAUGGCAAGUGAAGUGCAAGACCUGCUCUCUCCGCUGAAAGGGGGGCAUCCUCCCGCAGUAAAAGCUGGAGGAAUGAGAAUUUCCAAAAAACAAGAAAUCGGCAUCUUGGAGAGACAUACCAAAAAACCAGCGUUAGAGAAAACAAGUGUCAUUGCAAAUGUUGCCAAAAUACAGAUGCUGGAUGCCCUGAAUGACCCAGUGGAGAAGCUCAAUCAUAAAUUUCCAGCGACAGUGCACAUGGCACAUCAAAAACCCACACCUGCCCUGGAGAAGGCCGCUCCACAGAGGAGGAUCUACAUUAUUCAGCAGCCUCGGAAAUGUUAAGCCAGGACAUAAAACACAGCCCGCUGGCCUAUCGCCUGGAACAUCUGACAGCUUAGCACAAAGGGCAGGAGCUUUCCAUAGGCCUAGUGAAAACAGCUUUCUUAACCUCCCUUUGACUUUAGAUAAUAAAGCAUCCAAA